AAACCGCUCACUCCUCCUCCUUCUCCUCCUCCUCAUGUUUUUUGGGUCCCAAACUACAUCGAGAUUUGGAAUACAGUAGUGCGUUACACGUCCUGCUGGAAAAUGGCGACUGCAAUCCAGAAUCCUUUAAAAUCUAUGGGCGACCAGUUCUACAAAGAUGCCAUCGAGCAGUGCCGCAGUUACAACGCCCGCCUGCGUGCCGAGCGUAGCGUGCGGAUGCCCUUCCUGGACUCGCAAACUGGCGUUGCCCAGAACAACUGCUACAUCUGGAUGGAGAAGUGCCAGCGGCAGCCAGGCAGGGUGUCAGGACAGAUGUACGCCUAUCCAGCGCGCUGCUGGCGAAAAAAGCGGCGACUCCAUUCACCCCUCGAUCCCCAGCUACGCUUGUGUGAGCUUCGGCUAGAGGCUGAGCUGGCCCCCAAGCGUGAUGGGCCCCCAGGGGAGACCACAACCCUGGAGACUCUGCUCAGGAGCGACAGCCUCCUGGAAAAGAAAAGCAACGUGUGCAAGGAGGAGGAGACGUUGCUGGAAAUACAGAGAGUGCUGGAGGCCGAGGAAAACGGCGACGUUUUUCAAGACGACGAAGACUUCGAAGCAGAUACGCCGAAGAGGAAGAACAGAAACCGAGGCAAAAACAGAGGCUCCAGUCGCAAGAAGACCGAAGCGGUCAGUGUGGAUGACCAGGACAAACCUUAUGUUUGCGACAAUAGACACAAACAAAAGCAUAAUUCAAAAAAGGCUGAAGAAGUCUGUGGAAAGCGUUACAAGAACCGUCCUGGCCUGAGUUACCAUUACACGCACACCCAUCUGGCAGAGGAGGAAGGCGGCGAGGAGGAGAAGGACAGCGAGCCGGCCCCGUCCCCCACGCGACUCUCCGACAACCACAAACCUCAGAAGGGUCCCGACGGCAUCAUCAUUCCCAAUGACUACUGCGACUUCUGCCUGGGAGACCAGGACUCCAACAGGAAGACGGGGCAGGCCGAGGAGCUGGUUUCCUGCUCUGAUUGUGGACGCUCCGGCCACCCGACAUGUCUGCAGUUCACCGACAACAUGAUGCACGCAGUGAGAACAUACCAGUGGCAGUGCAUUGAGUGCAAGUCCUGCAGCCUCUGCGGCACCUCAGAAAAUGAUGACCAGCUGCUGUUCUGCGACGACUGCGACCGGGGCUACCACAUGUACUGCCUCAAGCCACCCAUGACCCAGCCUCCAGAAGGAAGCUGGAGUUGUCACGUGUGUGUGGACCUGUUGAAGGACAAGGCCUCGUCCUUUGGCGAUGCAUAAUGGCCCCCCUAUUCUCGCAGUGGAUACACACAUAGCCUUUUCCCACUCACUUCAUUAGGUACACAUGUUGAAUGGCGAUUAGACCCCCAGUUUUGUGUUUGUCAGUGAAACUGGUGUGGAAGUAUAGUUUUUUUUCUUCUAACUUUCCAGGAGAUUCUAUUGAGGGGUUGUUUUGGGGAAAUUAAAAUAUUCAGUUUCAGCAUUUUUUUUCACCGUUACACUGUGUGUGUGUGUGUGUAUACCUGAUGAAGUGUCCAGUGAGUGUAUAUAUGAUAACACAGCCCCUGUCUGUACAUAUACACAUACACACCCACCAGUGCCGUUUGGGGGAUUUUGGAUUGAUUUUUUUUUUCUCUCUACCUCUCAUGUAGCAGAGACCAGCUUCCACUUCAUCAGUCUACCUCACUGCUCAAGCAUGUCUCUUAAUUACUCAUUUCAUUUUUUUUUUAAUCCCACCUAAACUGUUCAAUUGAACUGAAAAAGAAGUCAAUCUGAGCGUGAAUGUGUGUGUAAAAAAAUUAUUUUGGUUGCAAAAGAGGUUUUUUUUUUUUUACAUUUCAAACUCUGUGUAAUUCAGAAUUCAUUUUACUUUGUUCUAAACAUAAGAAACAAGCAUUUUCUUCUCAACAAGUGUGAUUUACGCAAUCCCACAAUUUCAUGUCAGACCUUGUAAUGCAAAAAUAAAUGUCUUGUAAAUUUGACACAUCAUAUAGAAGAAUGUUGAACAAACCUGCCAAAUGCAAAUGAU